AUGCAAAAGGACCUGGAUCUUGAGAAAAUUAGAGAUGUGCUAGUAUCCACUGCUUUGGAGGCUGGAGAGCUUAUCAGACAAAGAAAUGGAACCGCGAUUUUUGACGACAAGAAAAACUCUGUUGAUCUUGUUACUGAGGUUGACAAGGCCGUAGAGGAUUUUAUCCGUUCGCGACUGCUGACUGCGUUUCCGCAAUUCAAGUUCUUUGGAGAGGAAUCGUUUGUUCCUGGAGUUUCCAAGAUAACUGAAGAACCAACAUUCGUGGUUGACCCAAUAGAUGGUACCACCAAUUUCAUCCAUAGUUUCCCUUUUUCGUGCACCUCUCUGGGGUUCAUGGUGGGUAGAAAGCCCGUGAUCGGAGUUGUCUACAACCCACACUUGAACCAGAUGUUCAGUGCAAUUUCUGGGCAUGGUGCGUUCCUUAACGGAAUCAAAUUGCCCAUGCAAACGAAGAGAUCGCUCAAGAUCCAGUCCUCGCUUGUUGCACUUGAAGGUGGUACCGACAGACACGGCAACAACUUCGACGUCAAAUUUGCCACCUUCAAGCGAUUAUUGGCCAAAGACACUGGCUCAUUCAUCCACGGUUUCCGGUGUUUCGGUUCCGCAGCGAUGAACCUUUGCUAUGUCGCUAUGGGCCAGAUGGACGCGUAUUGGGCAAACUGCUGGUCCUGGGACGUGUGUGCAGCAUGGGUCAUCAGUCAUGAGACGGGAGGAAUCGUUGUUGAUGGUAACAAGAACAACUGGAAGGAGGUUGACGUUGAGAAUAGAGUAUUUUUGUUUGUGAGAGGAGCCCCUGCUGAGGAGCAGAAGGUGUUUGUGGAGGAGUUUUGGGGCAAUAUUGAGGGGAGACUGGAUGUUUGA